CCGCCCCUCACUCACGGGCCGGCCCCGCUCCCCCCAUCUGGCGAGAGGGUCCCGGUGGUAGGAGUCGACUCAGCAGCAUCACCCAGGAAGCGGGCACUGAGCCUGACCCACCCUCCCUUCCACUUCCGGAUCAAAACCGACCAAUCCCGCACCGAACAGCCGGGAUGAUGUCAGAUCUUACGUCACUUCCGCCGGGACUCUGGACGGCUUCCCCAGCCCGCCCACUUUCUCUUGUGCGGAACGAGAGAGGGUGUCUGCGCGCGAGUGACCCGCGGAGCCACGUGGGGGCGGUCAGCUCCCACCUGGGUCUGGAAAUUGCACCAUGGGUCUCACCAAGCAAUAUCUGCGCUACACGGCUAGUGCAUUGUUUGGAGUGAUUGCUAGCCAGAAAGGCAACAUCGUCUAUGUGACCCUGCGGGGCGAAAAGGGCCGCUAUGUGGCAGUGCCAGCUUGUGAGCAUGUCUUCAUCUGGGACACUCGGAAAGGCGAGAAGGUUCUCAUCCUUCAGGGUCUCAAGCAGGAGGUCACUUCUCUCUGCCCAUCCCCAGAUGGGUUGCACUUGGCUGUUGGAUAUGAGGAUGGAUCGAUCCGUGUCUUCAGCCUCCUGAGUGGUGAAGGAAAUGUCACUUUCAAUGGACAUAAGGCUGCAGUUACGACUCUGCAGUAUGAUCAGCUGGGAGGCAGACUGGUGUCUGGCUCAAAGGACACAGACGUCAUUGUGUGGGAUGUCAUCAACGAAAGUGGGUUGUACCGGCUGAGGGGGCACAAGGAUGCUGUCACGCAGGCGCUCUUCUUGAGAGAGAAGAACCUCCUGGUUACCAGUGGUAAAGACACCUUGGUGAAGUGGUGGGACUUGGAUACGCAGCACUGCUUCAAAACACUGGUUGGACACCGUACUGAGGUGUGGGGACUAGCCUUUGUGUCGCGAGAGAAACGCCUCAUCACUGGCGCUGCAGACAGUGAGCUCAGGGUGUGGAACAUCACCUACAUCCAGGAGCAGGCAACAGACCCUAAUGAACCAGAAUCCAAGAAAAGCAAAGGGUCUCCAGCUAAAGCAGAAAAGACUUCUGAAGUGGAUGAGACCUCAGCCCUGGAUGAGAUGCCGGAGGAGCGCCUCUUGAGAUGCAACAAAGCUGGCUCCAUCAUGCGGGCAGGAAGAGACCGAGUAGUUACUCUCGCCACUGACCGGACAGGCAGGAUCCUGGCCUGCCAUGGAACGGACUCUGUUCUGGAAGUGUUUUGUGUCCUUACUGAGGAUGAAAUUUGCAAGAAAAUGGAAAAGAAAAUGAGAAAAGCAAAGAAAAAAGCCAAACUGAAGUCUGCAGAGGAGGAAGAGGAGCCUGAAGGAAGCGUUGAGAUGAGUCUGCAAGAAGAGAUUCAGCGAGUCACUAGCAUCAAAGCUUCUGCUAAAAUCAAGUCAUUUGACUUGAUUCUGUCUCCGAAAGGAGAGCUGAAGGCCACCUUACUGCUCCAGAACAACACCAUUGAGUCCUACAUCCUGAACCCAUCAGCACAGGUCUCCCAAGUUGUCCGGGCAUCCAAGAUAACCAUUGGAGGUCACCGCGGUGAUGUCAGGACGCUGGCUUUUAGCUCCGACAACAUUGCUGUCCUCUCGGCUGCUGCUGAAUCUGUUAAGAUCUGGAACAGGUCGACCCUGCAGUGUAUCCGGACCAUGGCGUGCGAGUAUGCGCUCUGCUCACUCUUUGUCCCGGGAGAUCGGCAGGUCAUCAUAGGGACUAAGACAGGGAAGCUGCAGCUGUAUGAUUUGGCCUCUGGGAGUCUGCUGGAGACACUUGCAGCGCACGAUGGGGCCCUGUGGUCCAUCUCCCUUUCACCAGACCAGCGUGGCUUUGUAACAGGAGGUGCUGAUAAAUGUGUCAAGUUUUGGGAUUUUGAGCUGGUGAAGGAUGAGAAUGGCACACAAAAGAGGCUCUCCAUGAAGCAGACACGCAUCUUGCAGCUGGAUGAGGACGUUCUCUGUGUGCGUUACAGCCCCAACCAGAAGCUGCUGGCCAUCUCCUUAUUGGAUUGCACUGUGAAAAUCUUCUACACAGACACGCUCAAGUUUUUCCUGUCUCUGUAUGGACACAAGCUGCCGGUGCUCUGUAUGGAUAUCUCCUAUGACGGGGCCUUAAUUGCAACUGGCUCUGCUGAUAGGAAUGUGAAGAUCUGGGGCUUGGACUUCGGCGACUGUCACCGGUCUCUCUUUGCUCAUGACGACAGUGUGAUGACCCUCCAGUUUGUGCACAAGUCCCAUCUCUUCUUCACAGCUGGGAAGGACCACAAGAUUAAGCAGUGGGAUGCGGAUAAGUUUGAGCACAUCCAGACCCUGGAGGGACACCACCAGGAGGUGUGGUGCUUGGCACUCAGUCCGAGCGGAGACUACAUCGUGUCUUCAUCGCAUGAUAAAUCCCUGCGCCUUUGGGAAAGGACGAGGGAACCACUCAUCCUGGAAGAGGAGAGGGAGAUGCAAAGGGAAGCUGAAUACGAGGAGAGCGUGGCCAAGGAAGAGCAGCCUGUGGUGGCUGGCGAGACCCAGGGAGAGACUGGAUUAGCUGGAAAGAAGACCAUUGAGACUGUCAAAGCGGCUGAGCGGAUCAUGGAAGCUAUUGAACUGUACAGAGAAGAGACUGCAAAACGGAAGGAGCACCAGGCCAUAUGUAAAGCUGCUGGGAAAGAGGUUCCCCUUCCUGUCAACCCCAUCCUUCAGGCCUAUGGAAAUAUUUCACCUUCAGCAUACGUGCUAGAAGUUUUCAAGAAAGUCAAGUCAAGUGAGCUGGAGGAGUCUCUGCUGGUGUUGCCCUUCUCGUAUGUGCCUGACCUGCUUGUGCUCUUUAAUGAGCACAUCCAGCGGGGCUCGGAGGUGGAACUCCUCUGCCGUGCGCUCCUCUUUCUGCUCAGGAUACACUUUGGGCGCAUCACAAGCAAUCAGCUGCUCGUGACAGUGAUAGAGAAUCUGAAGAAAACCACCAUUUCCAAAGUCAGCGAGGUCAGGAAUGUGCUGGGCUUCAAUAUGGCUGGGCUGCAGUUCCUGAAGAGAGAGAUUGAGGCCAAGGACGAGGUGACUUUCUUUGCGGAUGCGACCGACCGUUUUGAGGAGAAGAGGAGGAAGAGGAAGAAAAAAGAGAAGCUGGUUCUCGCGGUGGUUUAGCUUUUGCUGUCCAUAAUGCAGGGCAGAGCGCGGGGCUCGUGCAACCUCCAUGCGAGGGAGGCUUUCUGAGGGCUAGUGGGCCCUGAAAGUCUCUGGUUCAGUGACUGACGCGGACUCCAGCAGGUCUGCUCCCAUUCUUGCAUGCUCAGAGGGUGUAUUAAUUCCCUCCAGGGCACAUCACAAAUGCGGGGUGGAGUGAGUCCCAUUCCCUGGCUUGGAUGGAACUUCCUGAACUCUGCUGGACAUGUUUACAUUUGAAUCUUGAAUCUGAGGCCGGUCUCAAAGCUGCAGCCUGUCCCUUAGACCAGCAGCCAUUAGAAAUGGCUUGAUUUCUUCCUCGAUAGAGAUAUGAUUUGCUCUCAGUGUUUUAACUGAGGGCUUGUCCACGCUGGCAAUUUACAGCGCUGCGACUUUCUCACUCGGUGUGAAAAAACACCCCCCACGUGCAGCAAGUUUCAGUGCUGUAAAGUGCCAGUGUAAACAGUGCCCCAGUGCUGGGAGCCGCGCUUGUAGCUACGCCUCUCGUGGAGGUGGAUUUUUAGCCGUGACUACACAAGCCACGUUAAAGCACUGCUGCGGCAGCACUUUAGUGUUGCUAGUGUAGACUAGCCCUGAGUGUAGUUUGCAAACUGCUCCUAUAACCAUGCCAAUGUGCCAAGGGGCAGGCGGCAGGACUUUGUGCUGAUGUUGCACGAGGGAGUGGUUUACGGGGACACUGGCUGUGUGGUCAGACUGCAUUCUCAUGGGCUGUUACACGGCCUGACCUUUCCCAUCCCUGUCCCUUUAAAAUGUUACAAACAGACAACGGCAGCAGUCAUGGCCAGCCCUGCAGCCUGGGUCCUCCAAGGGCAAACAGGCGGGGAAGAGGCUGUUUUGAUGGGACGCUGGGGGGUACCCAGGCAGCUCUCCAAGGGGAUCCUCCCCUCCCCUCCACCCCCCCCCCCCGCCCAAUAAAAUUUCCCUUCUGCAACUGGUUGUGUGCUUUCCUCCUGGAGUGGUCGCAACUAACCUCGGACCGCGGGGUCCUCAAUACCAUUUCCUGGGGCUACACACUGCAAUUUGUUUUGCCCCCGCCCAGCCACCCCCUACCCCUGUCAGGUAUGGGGGAUCCAUUGCACGCAGACCUGUUAAAGCAGGAGGUUGGGCGGCUCCUAAGCCUGGGAGCGGUGGAAAUGGUACCCAACGAAUUCAGGAACAAGGGGUUCUACUCCUGCUAUUUCCUUAUCCCGAAGGCAAGAGGGGGGUCUCAGGCCCAUCCUGGAUCUGUGGGACCUAAACCAAUUCAUGGUCAAGCUCAAGCUCUGCAUGGUCUCCCUGGCCUCUAUCAUCCCCUCCCUGGGGAGUGGUACAUGGCCCUGGACCUGCAGGACGCAUAUUUCCAAAUCCACAUACUUGAGGGGCACAGCCACUUCCUCCAUUUCCUGGUGGGACAGAACCACUACCAGUUCACGGUCCUCCUCUUUGGCCUAUCCACUGCCCCAGGGUGUUCAUGAAAUGUAUGUCGGUGGUAACAACCUAUCAGCAGCUCCCAGUCGCAGGUGCGGGAUCUCAUCACGCUCCUACUGUCCAUGUGUACCACCUUUGGCCGGUUAGUAAACGACACCAAGUCCAUAUUAGUUCCGGUCCAGCGCAUAGAGUUUAUCAGGGUGCUCCUGGACGCCUCGACGGCCCUGGCCUCCCUCCCACCAGACAGGUUUGAGACCCUAAAAGGGCUCAUUGACUCGAUCACGAAUUUCCCAGUAACAACGGCCAGAUUGUGCUUGCAGCUCAUGGGUCACGUGUUAGCGUGCACAUCUGUGGUCUGC